GUGCUGCUGCCCGAGAUCCCCAUGACAGAGGUUAGCUCACCCUUUCUUCUGAGACGUUUUCAUCUGGUUCUCUGCCAGAAACCCUUUCUCGGAGUCCUCCUAGGAAAUCUGUAGUCAAAAUAUUUCUGUGAGGUGCCUGCAAUAUUUCCCUAAGUGGCCUUGCUCCGGGGUUCUCUGCAGAUACUGGGAAAGCCUGUCUGUGAAUAGACUUUGUUGCCAGCCUAUGUGAAGGUGGAAAGGUCUUGGAUUGUGUUGGGUUAGCCUAAUAAAAGCAUGAUGCUGUUUUUGCAGCCCACCAUCCGUGUGUCAUGUGGCUGGUCAUAGCAGUAGUGGAUAGUGGCCACCGCUGUAGCAGCUCUGUGUGCAAUCGCUUAGUGCUUAGCUUAGUGAGCAUUACAGUGUAGGUUUUGUGAAAUCCAUAAAUGAGCUAGGUUUGGAGUGGAAAGGCUUUUUUAUAUUUCCUGCUUUUUGAAAUGUGUUUUAAGUCUUUACCAGUCCAUUCAUUUAUAAACAAAUGAAGCAGUGGAUAUAGGAAAAAAAUGGAAAGAUAAGCUAUUCAGCAAAACAGGUACUAAAGAUAAUCUGUUGGAUUACACUUCUUAAUGCAAUGAAACAAUGGUCAGGAUUAUUCUAAAUAUGGAUUUUUCUUAUCUUUGGUAGCAUUUCAGUAUUUACUGCUUGAACUACUUAGAAACAGGCAGUUAUCUCAAACUUUUACGUAUAAAUGUAGUUGAGGUAUGUCACAUACUGGUCACUUUUCUCUGGGUUUGUUUCUUCUUCAUUUGUAAGCGGAAUUACUGUACUACAGUUAAAGUGUGUGGUUGAGAAUUCUUUUUCCGAACUUGUUUGUACUUUUUGCAAGUGAUGCUGUAUUAGUUGCUGCAUGCCUCAGUUUUCUUUUUAGAGAGAUGUUUCCCAUUCUGAUUUUCCUGAUGCCUUUUCCAGGAGUUGAUACAUGAUACAAUUUCAUCUUGUUUUCCUCUGAAUGUUUUUAAGAAAUGGGGAGACAAUUCUGAGAAUUGAAGAGACAUUUGAGACAUUUGAAGGUAUCACUGUAGGAGUGGGCCUUCAGGAAGGAUUUGAAUGCCCAGAAAAUAGUGACCUUGGGGACCAGCUCAGAAAGAGUUCCAUGUGUAAGGAACCACCUAGAAGCAAAUUUAGACUGCUGCGGGAAAAGUGGACAAAUGUUCCUGGAAUAGAUGGCAGUGGGUUAGCUGAUGCUAGUCUCACAGAUUCCUACUUUAGCACCAGCUUCAUUGGCGUUAAUGGAUUUGGAGGUCCUGCUGAAACAAAGUAUCCCAUGAUGCAGAGGAUGACAAAUAGCAGCAGCUCCCCUAGCCUUCUCAAUGACAGUGCCAAGCAGUAUGCAGGCCAUGAUCCACUAACUUCACCAAAUUCAUCCUUGUUUAAUGACUUUGCUGCCCUCAGUGUGUCUCAAAGGAGGAAGCUGGCAAAACCAGCAUUUCCUUCGUUUAUCACUGACUUGGAGGACAGAUACAAUACAGUCCUGCCCAGGAAGUAUCGACUGGGGAUGCUGGAUGAGAGGAUAGUUCCGGUGGGAUCAAAAGCAAGAAAAUCAAAGAACCCUAUCGGCUGUCUGGCUGACAGGUGUAAAACAGGAGUACCCAUCAAUAUGGUUUGGUGGAACAGAGUCACAGAAAACAAUUUACAGACACCAAAUCCUUCUGCAAGUGAGUUUGUUCCUAAAGGAGGAUCAACCUCCAGGCUGAGUAAUGUAUCCCAGUCAAGUAUGUCUGCCUUCUCUCAAGCCUUGUUCUCUCACCCCUCCAUGGGAAGUCCUGCUACUGCUGGGCUAGCACCAGGAAUGUCACUGUCAGCAGGAUCUUCUCCUCUUCAUUCCCCCAAAAUAACUCCUCAUACAUCUCCUGCUCCUCGAAGAAGAAGUCAUACUCCUAACCCAGCAAACUAUAUGGUGCCUACUAGUGCCUCUGCUUCUGUCGCUAAUGCUGUCUCUCAGCCUCCAUCUACUGGCCAGGUGAUACAGAAGGAAACAGUAGGUGGAACAACAUACUUCUAUACUGAUACAACUCCAGCACCUCUCACAGGAAUGGUAUUUCCAAACUACCACAUUUACCAUCCAGCUGCACCUCAUGUUGCUUACAUGCAGCCAAAAGCAAAUGCACCUUCCUUCUUCAUGGCGGAUGAACUCAGACAGGAACUGAUCAACAGACACUUAAUAACUAUGGCGCAGAUUGAUCAGGCUGAUAUUCCUGCAGUUCCUGCGGAAGUGGACAGCUACCACAGCCUCUUUCCUUUGGAACCACUGCCACCGCCCAAUCGGAUACAGAAAACAAGCAACUUUGGGUACAUUACAUCAUGCUAUAAAGCUGUAAAUAGUAAAGAUGACCUGCCGUAUUGCCUUCGGAGGAUACAUGGUUUUCGUCUUGUUAACACAAAGUGCAUGGUAUUGGUUGACAUGUGGAAAAAAAUUCAGCACUCAAAUAUAGUAACUUUGCGUGAAGUGUUUACCACUAAAGCGUUUGGAGAACAUUCUCUUGUGUUUGCAUAUGAUUUUCAUGCUGGAGGAGAGACCAUGAUGAGCAGACACUUCAAUGACCCUAGUGCUGAUUCCUAUUUCACAAAACGAAAAUGGGGUCAGCAUGAUGGACCUCUACCACGGCAGCAUGCUGGAUUGCUUCCAGAGUCUUUGAUAUGGGCAUAUAUUGUGCAGCUCAGCUCUGCGUUACGAACCAUUCAUACAGCAGGACUGGCAUGCAGAGUUAUGGAUCCAACAAAGAUACUAGUAACAGGCAAAACAAGGUUGCGAGUUAAUUGUGUUGGAAUCUUUGAUGUUUUGACAUUUGACAACAGUCAAAAUAAUCCACUGGCAUUAAUGGCUCAGUUUCAGCAAGCAGAUCUGAUCUCCCUGGGGAAAGUUGUAUUGGCUUUGGCUUGCAAUUCUUUAUCAGGAAUUCAGAGAGAGAAUUUGCAGAAGGCAAUGGAAUUGGUGACAAUCAACUAUUCCUCUGAUCUGAAGAAUCUGAUUUUGUAUUUGCUGACCGACCAAAACAGGCUUCGCAGUGUAAAUGAUAUCAUGCCUAUGAUUGGUGCACGAUUCUAUACUCAGUUGGAUGCUGCUCAAAUGCGAAAUGAUGUUAUAGAGGAGGACCUUGCCAAGGAGGUGCAAAAUGGAAGGUUGUUUAGGCUUCUAGCAAAAUUGGGAACAAUCAAUGAGAGGCCAGAGUUUCAGAAAGACCCAACGUGGUCAGAAACUGGAGACAGGUAUUUACUAAAGCUCUUUCGAGAUCACCUUUUCCAUCAGGUGACAGAAGCGGGUACUCCUUGGAUUGACCUCAGUCACAUUAUCUCAUGUCUUAACAAGUUAGAUGCUGGUGUGCCAGAAAAAAUAAGCCUCAUUUCCAGAGAUGAGAAGAGUGUACUUGUGGUAACUUACAGCGAUUUAAAACGCUGCUUUGAAAAUACUUUUCAAGAACUGAUUGCAGCCGCAAAUGGUCAGUUGUAGUAUUUGCUGAAAGCAUGCAGGACAUUGCUGAGGAACUUAACCAAUAGCAAAUUGCACUACAGCUGAAUUGUUGUUGUCAUCUCAUUUCACAUUUGGGAAACAAACAGGAGAUGAGCAAAGCUGCUUGCACUUCAGUCAGGUACACUGUUACUUGAAGGGAAGAAUGUUUCACUUAUCCUAGAGCUAAGGCUGCCAUUGGAGGCUUUAUCUGUGAAGAAUUUAUUUUAGAUUAAGGAACACAUCAGGUGCAUGAUGUUCCUGCUUUUAUUUUUUCCACUUGUAUAUGCACUAAUUUUAAUUUUUUUAAGACUUUUCUGAUCUCUGAAGUUUUGCCACAUUGUAUACUUAAGGGAAACUCUUUGCAAGGACAUUUCUGGGAUAUGUUUUUGUCACUGAGGAUAUAGCAAAAUUUAUUCAUUUUUGAUAUUAUUUGCACCCAGAAUAGCAUAAAGGACCAGGUAAAUAAUUUAAUAGAAAUUGUGUUCUAUUAAUGACCAUUUAGUUCGUAACCUCUGUAAAAGUGUGUUGUAUGCAAGCUCUGUAUGCCACCCACUGUUAGCUCAAAGAAAUGUGAGAAGAGGAAACUUUUUAAAACCAGUCAAGUGAAGUAUCGGUGAAUUGACAAAAAAGGAAAGAAAUUCCCCUGCCAUUUGAUUUAAACUUUUUCUAAGCGAGGUGACGAAAAUAGCAUAAUGGGAAACAUCUAUAAUUUAAGGAGCAUAUCAAACUUGCUCUAAACACAACCAGCGCCUUUUAAAAACUGUUUAUACGUUUUACUGCUAGUCAGAAGCAUUUACAUUUAUGCAAUUUUUUUAAUAGUUUUUUUUUUUUUUUUUAAAGAAAUUGUUUAAAUGCCUGAAGUUUCAGGAGUGUAUUACUUUAGGUUAUUUACAGUAUAAUUUUUGUAUAAAGUUCUGUUCUUUGAACCACAGCUUUAUUAUGGUACGCUACACUGGAUACAGAUACAAAGACACUGUUAAAAGAAGAUUAACUAAACACAGCAGUUGUCUGGCAUCAAGAGCUUUUCAAGUUUUACAGCCUGAAUCUGGAGGGAUAAUGAUCUGCUGUGCCUUUGCAGUCACUGCUUAGCCCAAAGUAAUAUUACUUUUGAUAAUACGCAACACAUGAAUAUUCCUGAAGUAAUUCAGUCUCAAAAGUCUGGAAUUUUCCUCCUCAUUUACCUUUCUAAUAUUUGGACAUGCAUUUGUCUCCAAACUUGGGUAUUCAUGGAAUUUCUAGUUAAACACCUACACUUUGAUACCGAAGACUGCCAAAUAUCUAGGAAUUUCCUUUCUUAAAGCAGUAGUGAAGACUGUAUCUAUCCUUUCCCAGCACUGAAUGUUUUAAUAGCACUGGGUGCUCACCAUGAAGAAAAUGUGGAAACUCAAAAGGUCAGGACAGACUCUAAGCACUUGCAACUGAUGUUACUGACAUCAAUUUUAAUAAAUCUCAAUAUUUGUAGUUUUCAGAGAAGUUUUUAAUAUUUCUCUGUCCACUUUUAUAAGCUUUAAAAUGAUUCUCCGCCUUGAGACUUGCAUCAAGAAAAAAGCAACUCUCUUCACAUCGAAAGCUUUGAAGACUAGGGACAUGCUUUACACAUUUUAGAAAAUGUGGUUGAAUCCACAUUAGGUAGCAUCAGUUGUUGAGUUUAAAAAUUGAUUACUGUCACAUUUGAUCGAAUGAAUUUUAAAAGGAACAUAAUGUUUAAUAUUCAAACAAUAACAGUUGCCAGAAUGUUCUUUUUAAUAUAAAAGGAACAGGAACUUUGAAAAGUGAACAUGCAAAACAGUCUUUUAUCAUUAGCUCAUGUAUUUGAGGAAGAGCAGCUGUCUUUUAUAUGUUUUUUGACAAAUCAUAUUGUAAUUCUUUUGUACAAAAAAGAAGUACUUGUAUUCUAGAAGAAAUAUGAAAUGCUUAAUUUAUAAGCGGGCUGAGGUUUUUUCCAGUAUUGUUUUCUUUGAAAAUGAAAGGGGAUCAUCUGUUCAGUUGUGGGGUUUGGGAACCUUUGAAAAUUUAAUUUGUGGACCAAUAUUUUGUGAAAGUGUAAGGCAGGGGUAAAAUAGGGCUUGAAUUCUCAUCCUUUUUAGACCAGCAAACCACCCUCUGCAAGACAUGUCUAAAUUGCAAACCUGUGUGUAUUUGCAUAAUGUCAGUUUGCUUCAGCCCCUAGUAACCUCAGGACUUGGUUUAAAAAUAAAAAGGUAGACAGCUAAUAAGUUUUCAUACAUAUGUCAGCCAGAAAAUAUUUGGUUUCAGGUAAUGCAUAGAAAAAAAAAAGUUAACUUUGUUUUUUAUUUAUUUCAUUUGGUCUGUAUUUGGGAAUGAUUUGAACAGUCUGAAGUUCAGCUUGGGUGUUUUUUUGGGGGAGAGGCCUUCUGCCCCGUUUUAAUUCCAUUUAGAAGGUUGUCCUAAAGUUGUAGUUUGAUCUAUUCAUAGGAAGAACUGUGUUACCUGUAUUUAAAAAGAAGAGCCACCAGGAUGUGCCCUCCCAGAUGGGAAAUUUAAUUCUGACCUUCCUAUUUUUUACAGCUAAAAGCACAGAAGGGACAACCUUUAAAAUCUGAUGUUGGUCAUUUUAAUUUUUGUAACUGUUUUAAAUUCUGUUGCUGUAUUUACUAUAUUGUAAAUAUUUUGUUGAGGGUACCUAUGUAUUUUUGAUUUGCCCUUGUUUCAGUAAUUCAGGUGUCAACUACUUCCCCUAAAAAGCACCAGUAUGUUAAGUUCUAAUGUCAUGACCCCAAUAUGUGUUACUCAUCUUUAAUCCUGUUUUCAUUCUUCAUGUGUACAGCAGUAUUUUUAAUAAAGAAUACCAGAAAUAAUGUGGCCUUAUUUUGACAAUGUGAAGUUCUGAAGCUGGAUACAGGGCAUUUAAACUUUGGUGCUGUAAUUGUAUUUCA